AUGGCUUCCACGUCUCACGAGGAGCAGCUCCUCUACCAAUCCAAACACCGAAGGAGGGGAUGGGUGAUUGUGAGCGAGGAUGGCACAGAGAUGGAACGACCCACCAGCUUUGACCCACGCCGAAGUGCUGCUGCGUGGAACAAAGGUCAAGGUCCCUCUCAAGCGUCCAUCCCCUCGCGAGCUUCUUCUUUGGCGCCUCCUUCGUCUCCCACCACCGCCGCGCCAUCGCUUCCACAGAAUGUCCCGACAGAUGCCCAGCCAGCCUCUGGACAGUCAAUCGAGAAGCGUCCUCCACCACUGACGCGUCGCUCAUCGUCUACGAGUGACCAUGACAGAAACGCAUCCAGUGGCUCGACGGAGCUUGAUGCAAAGGCAGAAUCGUCAAGCUCUGGACGACGUCGCCCAUCACCGCCUUUGCUUGUACCACCAAAGCAGACCUACCGAAAGAUUCCUUCUGGGAGGGCUCUGCCUCCUUCCGCCUUCACAGAUCAUCAAAAACUCCUUGCUGGCGCAGCACGACCACAACGUUCAGCUGCAGUCGACCCAUCGUCUUCUUCGACCUCGUCCAGCUCCUCUCCAACAUCGUCAGCAGUGUCUAGCCAGCCUCGACCUCCAGUGAUGAAAGCCAACCUUGGACUUCGUAAUGAUCUGGCCAUUCUUGCUGCAAGGCGACGGACUGCCCAUAGCUCUGGCUCGUCCAGCGCUGCCACGAGCAAGUACACGCCCGAUCAGACUGCUUCCUCCUCGUCACCGGCCAGCUCAGUCGCCUCUACCUCAGCGGCGUAUCAGCACAAUGCCAAAGGGAAACAGCCUGCGACGAGCCCUCUGCGCAACGACGAGGAAGAGUUUUUCAGCAGCGGAGCAGAGCACAAUCCGGCCAUUGUCGUGCGCCCGCCAUCUUUGCCCUGGUCCGGCACUCAACUGAACAGCUCAGGACAGCCUUCGCUGCUCUUCUCACCUGGUCCACUCCCGCCACUCAGCGAGAAGUCGGCUGCAUCUGACGUGGACGAUGUGCUCUCUUCAACGUCCGAAAACCUGACGGACAGCGAAGGCACAGCAGGCAGCGGCGCCAGACCAGGAAAAAGGAGGGACAGCUUGCGUAUCGAGCUGCCUCCACCUCCGGCCCAGUUCAAAGACAGGUAUCCCUCGAUCAUGGUUGACUCCACCCACGCCAGCGAUUCCGAGGCCAGUGGAACGAGCACCGGCGCUCAGCGCAGAAGGCGCCGACGCAGCACCGCGUCCACCCAGCUGCCGGGCGUCGACGCUGAAGACGAUGACGAAGAGUUCGCGGACGACGACUCCAGCUGGCCAUCCACACCAUCCACGACACCGCUCGAAAACUACUUUGCUGCCGCAAACCAGCGCACGAAACCAUCGCGCAAGGCUUUCCAGACCACCAAAGAAAUCAUCGCUCCCGAUCCUGGCCUCGGCAUGGGCCGGCCGAUGGUGGUCGUCACCAGCCCAAGCACUGCUUCCGAGGUCUCCUCUGAUCGUCGAUCCAGCUCUGGUUCUGGCUCCAACUCGGAGCGAGCCAUGUCGUCUUCACCACCCGCCGCACCCAUCGUGCCUCCAGUACCCAUGCUUUCCAAAAUCGAAGAGCAUCCGGUCCAGAAGGUGGCGCCGGAUGCAGGUCCGUCGGCCGCACCAGCGCCGCGAAGAUCGCUGUCGUUCGAGCUACCGGUCGCGCGCAUGACCCGCUCCUCUGCAGAUCUGGUCUCUGGAGCCGCUGCUGUGCGGUCUCCCUCUCGCGCCAUGGCUUUUCUGGCCAAGAUCAGCCCCAACAGAAUCUCGAAUCGCAGCAGCACAGAUCUAACUUCUCCAGUGCGCUCGGAGGACACUGCCGAUCCUGCCACCGGUCAAACCUCGGAAGGCCAGCAACGCGCCUCGAUGGAGCCACGACGAUCUGUAGAACUGCGACCGAUCUUGCUGAAUGCCGCGACGCGACCUAAACCUCGACCGCUCUCCAGCGAUGAAGGGCCCCGUCGACCUACGCCGACCACAUCGGUUGCACCUGCUCAAGCCGUGCAACAGCGAAGGCAGUCCUCCGGACGUGUUCCGAUUCGACCAAAUGUCGUGCCGUAUCACUCCCGACGAAGCUCGGAGCUGUCGGACGCCUCUUCCAACAACUCUCCGAUGCUUCACAACCGCGGGUCGUUCGAUAAGGAUCCAGUCGACCCCGCAUACAGCCCCAUGUCUCAGAACACAACGCUCACGAUGCCAUCGCCGGCUCUCAGCACAGACCAGAAGCCGUUUUCGUAUCAUUCCUCGGGAGCCGAAAGGUCCUCGGGUGAUUCCUUCGAGCCACGUCUCGCCUCUGCCAGAGCAUCGCAAGAUCAGGCUGCAGCUUCGGCCAUCUCGCUGGCCCGUGCCAACAAGGCUGAGCGCCGCGCGUCUUCUCAGGGAGAGACGGAGGCUCGACCUUCCGCCAUCCGCCUACUCGUGGACUCCCAGAAGGGCAGAAUGUCGAGAGACAACGACUCGAUCGCCGAGUGGAUCUCGGUGUCGGUCAACGAUCUUCCUUUGUCCGACCAAGGGCAUUCGUAUGGUAACGGCGGUACGGGCGAAUUCUCGAACGAGCAGCAGAAAGCUGGCAAGAGGGUCCUCAAGAACAAGCCUUGGAAGCUUGGCCGUUUUGCAGCAUCUGAAGUUGUGCUGCCCACAAAGGUCGCCUCUUCCAGUGCCGCGGCUCCGUCAGCGAAGACUUCCGUGGAGGUGAAGCGGAGGUCGGUGUCGCUUCUGAAGCGCGCGUCUUCGGCGCAGGUGAACGAAACGGCGCGAAAGGACACUGGAAAUGCUCCCGUAGCGGCCAAAGGACCGUUACCGCUUAUGCGCAAUCUGGGCUUCACAACUGCCAACCGCAACGUGGUGCUGCAGAAUCUCUGUGCGGAGCGCUCGAUUUCCGCCUUGGCCGCCAGCACGGUCUACAUCGCAGGAUGCGGGCGAAUCGACGUUCCCGCGCCUCAAGCCGUGCCAGCCACCAAGCAGAAGCCCAAGGCCAAGCCUGCGGCCACAGCAGCCAAGCGAGCGAUUCCGUCGUCGGUCGAGCCAAUGCCUUUGCCGGCCACCAAAGCCCAAGAUCCGCCCAAGGCACCACCUGCGCGUGCAGAACCUGCGCAAGAAGCCUACCUGAAUGUAAAAGAAGGUCGACAUGUCGGGUACAGCCUCAGCGGCGCUGGUGCUGGUACGGUCAAGUCGAUGGUCCCCGAACUCGGUGACUGGUCGGGGUCAUCUGGCCACCACAGUGGGCCCGAUGAAGACGAGGACCACGUCAAGCCUUUCCGUGACUACGAAGACGAAGGCUCUGAUCUGUUCGAUUCGGAUGCGGAAUCAUCAGAGUCCGAGGGCGAAGAGACCUACGACGAGGAGUACGACGCCGAAGUGCCCGUGCGAUUCGGUCAGCGCUUCAGCGCCGCCAACAAAGCAACACCAGAGGUCGUCUCGCCGACGAGAUCAGCGACGGCACGGAGCGAGUCUACACAGCAUCAGGGAGCUGACCAGCCUAUUGCGGACGCUGGCAUCGACAAGGUGACAGUGUCACCGAGCCUCGAAAGGCUAGCACCUGGCAAGGUCGUGCUGCGCGGGGCCGAGAUGCGCCUCUGCGUCAAGGACGCAGAUGCCAAGUCUGCAGCCCCGGGGAUUCAACAUUACUGGAAAGCGCUCCAGGUGCAGAAGGCCACGGGCGCAACAGGGAACGAGGGUCAGCAGCUGCGCAAACAGCCGUCAAGUCGCGCGAUGAAGCUGGAGCAGGAGGUGGCUCUGGGCAUCUUCGCGGGCUUUGUGGGCAACCGGAGUCCAAAACGCCAGGCUCAGAGAUCUUCGUCGAGCGACUCUGGCACGAGCGAUGCUUCUGCACAGAUUUCUGGCGGCAAGGAGCUGCUCAUCUCGAAGAUGGACCACGGCACCUUUUCCGUCCGAGCCCUCCCUGGGGCGAUUGUGAACCGACACGAGCAGGUGCUGGAAGUCGUCUGCCACUCGACGGCUCCGAAGACAAAGGUCGAGUUGGCGUUCCCGUCUUCGCUGCUCUCAAGCGCUGAAUUUGCUCACGGUCGAUCCAGAUCAGGCCGCUCCGAAGGUUCGCAGGCCUCGCUGGGAGACAAAGAGAGCACGAAGCAGCGCUUGACGAUCCACAUGCAGCGACAGGGAGGUCGCGGCUUUGCAGCUACCUUCCAGACGCAAGAGGGGCAGCACUGGACCUGGCAUGCCAGCAAGCUGGAGGCAUCCGUGCUGUCCCGCCCGCAAGAUGGCCGCACCAAGCCUUUGCUCGCCGUGCUGGACAACUAUGAUCUGAGCCUGCGCACCAUGCUAGAGCACGAGACGGUCGAGCUCGCCACAUACUCGACCGAGUCGCAGGUGCGUAACGCGCUCGGCAUGUUCCGGCCGCGAACGAAGUCUGGGCCAAAGCCGAUGCCAGAAGACGUUUCACAGGUGGGACCUGUCGUGCCGCCUCCGGCCCAGGUGCUGCCGCUUGCUGUGGCGCACAGAGGAUUCGUAAGCCCGAUGGGAAGGGCCGAGGUGCCGAUUCCACGACGAGGCAUUCGAGGUGGCCCGCUGUUACGGCCGCAGCCGCACGCCGCGGGCAGCGCAGCACGCCACCACGGACUGUGGCAGAACCAGCGCGCGGCCAUCUCGACCGAGGCCGUGGUGCAGGUGCACAACAAUGCAGUCAACAACGCACGCGCUUCGCUGCAGCUCGAAGAGCGACCCAGGCUGGUUCACGCGCCAACGGACAACGCGGAGCGUCUGCAAGCCUGGCGGACGGCAGCCGCUGGUCAGCAGGAUGCAAUCACGGCCGGCGACAAGAUGAUGGGCGAGCUCACAUUCUCGUCGCACGCGGCGGUGGUGAAUCGGGACCUGGUGGUGCUCACGCUGUUCGCGGUGCUCGGCAUGGCUGAGCCUUGA